AUGGGCAGACUCGUUGUUCUGAUGGGGCGGGGCCAGCACCACAGCCUCGUUCAGGCCUUUUUCGACUGCUACGUCAAGCCCCUUCCUGGCUGGGCUUCGUCCGCGCUGGAGGCCAUCCGCCAGAGCCCGCGCUCCGUGGUGCUGCCGGCAUUGCGAGAUCUCGGCGAAGACUGGGAGAUCAAGGGGCCGAACUCGCACUUCGACAACAUCUUCACCUGGGAGGCCGAGACGGUGCAGCUCUAUUUCGACCCUGAGUACGUGUCGUGGCCCUUCCCUGUGGACCAGGGCAACGUCCUCGUCUUUGGCUCACAGUGGUGGCAGGAGCUCGGAGGCUACGAUCGGCUUAUGCGAGGCUCUUCCACCCUUCUCUUGGAGAACAUCGAGCUCUCCUUGAGAGUCCACCUGUGUGGCGGCAAGUUCUUGCCCUUGAACGACAGCGUUGUCGGCUUCUGCCAUUCGCAUCACGGAACGCUUCACCACGAGCGGGGCGACAUGCUCUACAAUCAGGCCCGAAUCAUCGAAGCUUGGUUUGGCGAGUGGGCGUCAGAGGCAAUGAAGCACCCGCGCUUUGCCGACUAUACAAGUGGCGUCAGUGCCGUCGGCGACAUCUCCGAGACAAGGGCACUACAGGGGCGGCUGCAGUGUGCAGGCUUGGGCAGCUUUCUGGACGCGUAUCGCUUGCCGUUGGAAAUCCUGGGCCUCCUCCCGCGAGAGGUGUUUGGCCUGCGGGAGGAGUCUGCAGGACUCUGCCUGCAGGAGUGGAACAAGGACGAGUGGGGCUUGUCGAAAUGCGACGAGACUGCCACAGGCCAGUGGUUCGUGCACAAGAAUGAGGACAUCCAGGAUGGCCACCUCGCAUGUUGCAGUGGCCUUGGCCCGUGGAGGAAUCUCCACGGCUCAUCGAGCUAUUGUCUGGACGGCCGGCUGGGCAAGCCAGGACCGUACGGGUGCAUUCACCGCAAGCCUCCCAACAGCCAGUUGUGGGAGGUCCGCGACGGUUUGCUGAUCAGUCCCGAGUGGGGCUGCCUCGUGCCCGGCUCGCCAGUAGAUGUGCCCAGAGAGGCCCAGGUCCAGUGGAGCGCCUGCCGCUUCAGUGCUCCUGGGGGGCAGGCCAUUGAGGAGCAACGCUUCCAUGCGGAGGCCGUCGCGGGGACGGACAAGUUUCGGCUCCUUCUGGCCACAGGGCAGUGCCUCUCGGCCUCUGCGGACUCGGAUGCGCGGGUGCCCUCCUUGGCGCCCUGCCAGCCUGAGGAGGAGUCCCAGCACUGGCGAUGGGCCAAGCCAUCCUUGAAGCUGGGGCUGAAGCCUGCCGCAAAGACGGACAUUUGUCUGGACAUCGACAAUGGUGACAGCCCUCUGCUGUACGUGUGCUACAGCAUGGAAGACGUGCAUGCACCGUACGGCGUGGUCAACACCAACCAGGCACUAUGGCUGACGCCCGCCGGCCACCUAACGCAGUGGGGUCCGGUGGACACCUCGUUCACGAACCUGUGCCUAGACGGCUCCGCGCCCCCUCUGCAGCACCGCCGCCUGGGCCUCCUGGACUGCGCAGAGGCGCACGCGCAAGGCGUGCGAUGGGAGAAGGUAGGCGCCCACACGCCGCCACAGACGGAAAUGGUUGCGAGACAAAAGGGCAGGCGAUGGCAGCGUUUAGGGUUGAGGGUUGAGGGUUGA